AUGGCCGUUUUAGCUGCAUCUAUUACUACCCGUAAUGGGAAACCUUUGCUAUCAAGACAAUUUGUCGAAAUGUCUAAGGAUCGUGUGAUGGAAUUACUUUCCAAUUUCCAAGGUUUAGUUGCUAACAUUUCCUCUGACCAUACUUAUGUCGAAGAUGAACAUGUUAGAUACGUUUACAAACCAUUUGAUGAUUAUUAUUUGAUUUUGAUGACAAAUCGCCAAUCAAAUAUCAUUCAAGAUUUAUCUACUUUGAAUUUAUUUUCUCAAACUGUCAAUUACUACUUGAAUAGUUUUGAUGAAAAUGAGAUAUUCGAGAAUGCUUUUGAAAUACUAAGUUCAUUCGAUGAAAUUAUCGUUAUGGGUCAUAAAGAAAAUUUGACUAUUCAACAAGUCAAUAACUACAUAUCUAUGGAAUCUCACGAAGAAAGAAUUCAAGAGAUUAUUGAAAAGAACAAAGAAUCCGAAGCUAAUGCUGAAAGAAAACGUCGUGCCAAGGAAAUUGCAAGAAAGGAACAUGAAAGGAAAAUGGGCAUGCCACCAAGUGUUUAUGAUAUUGCUACUCAACAAAAGUUCUCAGCUAGUACUGAUCCAAAUGUUGCAAAUGCUUACAACAGUUAUUACAGUAAUGCAUCUUCUGCUGCCCAGCAAUCAUAUUUACAUUCACAUCAACAACAAGAAACUCAUAUGGAUAACAUGGGAGAAUCCAGAUAUUCUCAAAUAAAUCGUGGUGUUGGCAAAGGCAUGCAAUUAUCAAAGGGUAACAAAGGCCCAGGGAUGUCAUCCAUUCGUUCUUCAAAUGCAGCUCGUCCAGCUUAUCAAGAACCAGAAGAAGAAAAGCCUGUUAACAAUGGUAUCUUAAUUACCAUUAAGGAAACUGUCAAUGCUGAAAUAUCAAGAGAUGGUGCUAUAACUUCUAGUGAACUAAAGGGUGUCAUGGAAUUACGUAUCAACAAGGCUGAGUUAGGUCAUGCUAAAUUAACACUAACUGAUAACGUUGAUGUUACAGACAAAACCUUACAAUUUAAAACGCAUCCAAAUAUCGACAAAAACACAUUUUUGUCAUCAAAAGUAUUGGGUUUAAGAUCAAGUGAUAAAACAUUCCCAUGUAACGAUCAAAGUUUAGGUAUCCUAAGAUGGCGUAAAGUGGGUAAAGUCGAUGAUAAAGCUCUAAUCCCAUUAGAUGUCUCCACAUGGGUUUCACCAUCGGAAGAAGCUGAAGGUGUGUUCGAGGUUACUGUAGAGUUCGAAGUUACCUCCACUUACAACAAACCAUUAGAAAAUAUCAUAUUCACCAUCCCAGUUGUCACCGACAAUGUAUCAAUCAGCGAAGAUAACAACGAUGUCAAUGCCUCCAUCGCCGGUAUCGACGACGAGCAAGGUAUUUCCAUCAAAGUGGAAUCCAUCCAACCUGGCUCUUCCGGUGUCUUUGGCUUCCAAAUCGAAGCUGGUUUUGAAGAUGCUAUGUUCCCAAUGAACGUCAGAUUCCAACACAAGGGUGAAAACGAAUCUGGUUUCACCAAUAUCAACGUCGCCAGCAUCACCGCAUCCACUGAUGACGCCGUAGAAUUACCAUUUGAUAUAUUGUCGACCUUGAAGGCAGAGGAAUACAUUAUAGUUUAA